UUUAAUCAUGGAGAAGAACUGAACUAUGCAAACGUGACUUUUAAGACUAAUGGUGUCUCCACACAGAUCGGCUCAGAAAAAUCGAGCUUCAAAGAAAUAAUUUACGAUGAGGUGAAGACAGAGGAGGAGACGCAGGAAACACACCCGAUCAUAACAGAAAAUGAAAAGAGAGCUCGGUUUCUCCCUCUGCUGUUUUUGGGGAUGAUCUGCUUCAUCCUGCUCCUGGCCAUCAUCGUCCUCAGUGUCUGUAAUCACACACGGCAGAGGAGACAGAUGGGCGUUUUAGCAGAGCAGAGUCUGCAACUGGAGGCGGUGAGAGCAGCUUUACAGAGACGAACAGCAGAUCUGCACCGAGAGAGAAACCGACUCAACUGGACUCUGGACGUCAUCCUCGAUUACGACAACUUCCCUGCUGCUGAACGCUGCCCACAGAAACAGUGUAAGCCUUGCCCGAACGACUGGGCGAUGUUUCAGUCAAACUGUUACCUGUUUACAAAAGACGAGUUCAGCAAGAACUGGAAAACCGGGAGAAGCCAGGAGUUUUGUGUGAAAGAGAAAGCAAAGCUGGCGGUGAUCGACAGCCAGGAGGAGCAGGAAUUUAUAAACAACAAAACAGAAAAAUACAACGACAAUAAUCACGGCUACUGGAUCGGGUUGAAGAAAGACAAGGAGGACGUGUGGACGUGGGCAGACGGCCGGAACCUCUCUGUGACCUUCUGGUCGACGGAAGACGCUGCGAAUCGACUCUCCUGUAGUUUAAUCAACCCGCAUCUCAACCGUUCCUCCAACUGGGCCAAAAGCAGCUGCUACAUGAAGAACCGCUGGAUCUGUGAGACCAGAGUCCUGAUCCGACCCGAUUAGGAUCCACACACUGAACCCAUAUUUAUGACUAUUUAAAACUUAAGCUGUUAAAAUUUUCUGUUUCCAGUUUGUGUUCGUUAUUAUUGUGGAUGUUAUUUAAAAGGAUCUGAUUAAACGCCUCAGACAGGAUCUCUGGAUUUACUUCUGUUAACCAUAAAUCUCAUUUCUGU